GCCUUUUGCUUUCUCUUGCCCUCUACCCUGAACCCUUAUCAAAUCAGAAUCUGCAGUUUCGACCCCUUUGGUUUUUUGUUUGUCUCUGGAAUCCUAGUACGGGAUUAACUUGAAGCAAUUUUCCUGGCAAAUUUGCACUGGGAACAGAAUGGGACGCCAGUCAUCCAACCAUUCAGAGUCUCCUGUUAGGAGGCGAGGGUCUCCUCAUAGGGAGAGUCCAUCUAAAAGAGAAAGAUCACCUGUGAGACAUAAGACUUCACGCAGAGGAAGCUCCCCUGUAAGAGAAAGGUCUCCUCGGCGCAGGAGUUCUCGCAGGGAUAAUUCUUUGGAAAGAGAGAAACGUUCUGGCCAUACUAAGUCUCCAAAGCAUGCUAGUUCACGCUCUCCCAUUUCUUGCUCUCCAUCUCCCCGUACAAAGAGGUUAAGGAGAGCACAGGCUGAAAAGGAGGUUGAGAAAGUGAAGGAGAGAGAGUAUGAGAGAAAUCAUAGCAGGGGUAGUGAGAAGAGUACACAUAAGGAUAGAGCUUCAGGACAGGAAAGGAAUUCAGAGAGGGAAAUGGGGGUUGACAGAAAGGAGAGAAAGUCGGGGAGAGAUGAUACUAAUAGCAAAUCUGCUAGAGGGAGACAUGACCGGUCUGUUUCUCCAUCUGAUCGCCACCAUCGGAGCAGGCAUAGAUCUCGCUCACCUGCAUCCAAUUCAAGAGCUCGUGAUGAGGUGAAUAACUCAAGAGGUGCUGAACAAAGGGAUGAUGAAUAUGAUUCUGUCUCUAAGAUGAAGGCAGCUGAGGAGGCCUUGGAAGCAAAACAAAAGCAACAACCAACAUUUGAGUUAUCCGGAAAGCUUGCAGCAGAAACCAAUAGAGUUAGAGGUGUGACUUUGCUGUUCAAUGAACCCCCUGAUGCUCGAAAACCUGAUAUAAGAUGGCGACUUUAUGUUUUCAAAGCUGGUGAAGUAUUAAAUGAGCCCCUUUAUAUACAUCGCCAAAGCUGUUACCUUUUUGGGAGAGAAAGACGUGUAGCAGACAUUCCUACCGACCAUCCAUCCUGCAGCAAGCAACAUGCUGUCAUUCAAUUCCGGCAAGUAGAGAAAGAGCAACCUGAUGGUACAUUAUCCAAGCAACCGAGAGUAUGUUCUGCUUCACGAGAAUUCUUCCCAGUGAGAAGUACUGACAGGCCACCACUGCCAUAUGAAUCCGUGUGUUCAGCAAGCUCUGGAAAUGGGACUAUUUUUGUUAUCAACUUGUUUAUUACAAAAUACAAGGAAUGUUAUCGUAGUAUUCAUUUUUCCUCAUUUGAGAUUGAAGAGGUUUCUUGUAGAACUAGAUGGUUGGGUUUAAUCCAGUUUACACUGGUGCAUACUAUGCUUUGCACUCACCAUUUUUCUCUCUUGAAAGUAGCCAGCGCCUAUACUUCGUUUAUAAUACAGUCACCAUUAUAA